AGCACCUGCGCUGGCACCGCGGUGCUGCUCGUCCGCCGCCGGCCUGGGAGCCCGGGGGACAAGGGCGUGUCAGUCAGUCAGUCAGUGAGAGGGGAGAGGAUCCGUGUCCGUGGCGGGUGUCUGUGCCGUGUGUGUCUGUACCGUGCGUCACGGCCGUGGGGAGGUGCGUUUGCUCCCCUCUCCCGCGCCGUCUCGCUCGGGAAGGGCCCGGCCGCGUCCUUCGGUUGCGGGUGGGGACAUGACGCUCCGGCCCUCCCCGGGGCACGGCGUGUCUGACCGGCUUCUCCUCCCCUGCCGAGCCUGCGGGGGUUGGUUCGGUGUGUGUGCACCGGCGGUGCAGGUGCUGCGCAAACCUCUCCCGGCUGUGUUUAGGUGGCUGUAGGCGCCUCCCGCCGCCGUUGCUUCCCGAGGAGCUGGACAUGAUAAGAAACGGGACAGUUUGCUUGCUGGUAUGCAAAACAUACCUGCUGUGCGGCUUCAGCAGGCAACUGAAAAGCUUUGCUGGCAUCUGCUUGUGAUAUGGUCCUCUGCUCAAACAUAUAGUGCCCCAUCUUGCUGUUCCAGACUCAGUGCAUGUCUGACCUGCUGAGUUUAUUCAUUGCUUUAAAUUUGAGAGGCAUCAGCUCUUCUUGAUGAGGUAAUAAACCUCAUCUGGGGUUGCUUGAUGGAGAAGUAGAACUUGCCACUAAAGGUACACAUUUUGUAUCUACAUAAAAGCUUGAAUACAGGGGUUCUUGUUUUGCUUUUUCUUUCCUUGUGUUUGGAAUGACAGUGUGCUCAUUAUAGCAGGUUGUGGACUGUGCUGUUGGGUGCUCUGAGACUGGGCUAAGCAGUAGUUCCUGCUGGCACAACUGGUGGCCUUCUAGCCACUGUAGCAUGGCCAGUUGCAUGAAACGAGGUGUGGACCACGUUGAAUCCAAUAUGUACCAGGGCUGCAUUAAUUUGCUGCUGCUGUUGGCAGUGUGCGGGUCACAGCACUGGAGCAUUCCCAACAUUGUUCAGAGGAUUUCUUUGGCUUUGACAUAUAGCACUGAUCUCAGUCACAGUUGCUUUUGAUGAUAAUAACACAGUUAAAUUGCACAGUGACUCUGACAUGACAAAAAUUCCAUAGUAUCAGGCAAGGGUCCUGUGGUCUUCUUUAGCUAGCUCCUUCUGUCUGUAAUUUGCCUUUAUAAAUACCAGCUGCUACCUUGCACCCUUCAGAAGUGCUUUCCUGCUCUAACCAAGGUCUUCCACUGAAAUCAGGAGAAAUUACUGGGUAGCUGCUCAGUUGUUGAUGUUUUUGUCUGUCUAAAGGGAAGUCUGAGAGCAUGGCCCCAGUGACCUGUGUCCUUGGAUUGGCUGGGGUGGGUGCCUUAGGGUUUUGCAUUAUUCGGUUUAGGAUCACUGCUGGUGCACUUACAGUAACUUGUUAAAUGUGGAAUACUGGUUUGUGGAGUAGCUUAGACAGUGGUUGUGUCUUGUAGCUGCAGUUUAAACCCUGCCUAGUAUUGAAACAGUUUGAGGGUGCCCCCAGAGUGCUGCAGGGUAGAAAACCAGUGACAUCAGACAUGAUCAUCAGGGCCUAAGAGGGAGAAAAAUACUCCUGAUUAUUUUUCGAUGAACUUUAGCACUUCUUGGUGUAUCUUCUGUGUUACUGGCAGGUGAAGAAGCGAGUGGCUUACUGAUAGAGACACACACAAACCAUAGUUCGGAUAUGUCUGUGUAAAUCUACCUUUACUAUGGCAUUUAUUCCCCUUUAUAAUAAUUGAUGUAUCAGUAGGAUAAAGAGCUGUCCCACUGUUUCAUGAAAGAUGUAACGGUUUUAAUCAAUAGUUCAAAUGAUAUAAUUUCUGUUAGGAAAGUGCCGAAUACUAAAUGCAACCUGUGUCUGUUAUGCAUCCACAUUUACUCAUGCACAUGCAAGUUUAAAAACAGACAGAACCCCCAAGAUUCCUUGAAUGUUACCUCUGAUACUGAGAAAACAGAACUCAAAGCUGCAGAACAUUUGCAGGCUGAAAUCGUCCGUCAGCUUUCUUACUCGACCAGAUCGACCAAAGCUUGCAUAUCAUAAACUAAAAGGCAGGAAUCCAGGGGUUAUUUUCCUUCCAGGCUUUAAUUCAAAUAUGAAUGGUCAGAAAGCAAUGGCCCUUGAAGAUUUCUGCAACUCUCUAGGUCACGCCUUCAUCAGAUUUGAUUAUACAGGAUGUGGAAGUUCAGAUGGUAAAUUUGAGGAGUGCACAAUUGGGAAGUGGAGAAAAGAUGUUCUCUCUGUACUGGAUGAACUUGCUGAUGGACCACAGAUUCUGGUGGGCUCCAGCAUGGGUGGAUGGCUGAUGCUUCAUGCUGCAAUAGCACGCCCAGAUAAAGUAGCUGCUCUAGUUGGAGUAGCUGCAGCAGCAGACCAUCUUGUAACAACUUUUAAGAAGCUUCCCAUUGAGGUACAAAAAGAAAUAGAAGAAAAGGGUGAAUGGAAGUUUCCAACAAAGUAUAACGAGAAAGGAUAUUACUCCUUGAGAUAUGACUUCAUCAAAGAAGCAGAAAAUCACUGUGUGCUCAAUAGUCCUAUUCCUGUAACGUGUCCCAUACGACUCAUUCAUGGCAUGAAGGACGAUGAUGUCCCUUGGCAGAUCUCUAUGCAAGUUGCUGAUCGUGUUUUGAGCAAAGAUGUGGAUGUGAUCCUCCGCAAAACUGGCCAACAUCGGAUGAGUGAGAAGGAAGACACAAAACUCCUUGUGAAUACCGUUGAUGAUUUAAUUGACAAGCUGGCAACACUUGCAUAAGCUGCGGUGUAGCCUCAGUGCAGGAACUCUACACCUGACUCUUUUCCAUGAGUAGCAGAAACCCUGUUCUUAACAAGAUGCUGCCAGGCCGGUAACUGUCACAGUAGGAACUGAGCUUUAUCUGCUCUUUCCUUACCUCUCUUUCAGAAAUACAGAUAUUUUAUUAAUGCUGCAUUUGCACAGACGGUCCAAAGUGUGAAGGAGUGCUGCUGUUAAGACCCUCUCCUUCACCACUUAAACUUUUCUUGCAAGUUUCCUACACUUCUGUACUGAAAUGUUGAUUCAUUUUUGUUACUAUUGGCCUGUAUGUUGAAAGUUUAAUUUCCCACAUCUUUGACACCUUGUCAGUAUUUUCCUUUUGCUGUAACAUUCUCAUAUCCUAUGUCUGAAACCAUGUGCACAAGGCAAAAUUCUACUGAAGUGUUUACUAACAUCAUUGUUAUUAGAAAUACUGAAUAACAUGAAGCAUAAUAAACAGAUUUUGGAUAAAUGAUUAUAUUGUUCUUAACUACUAUUAAAAGGUGGAAGGCACACCCUGAUGUGCUUGGGGUACUACACAAGGAAGAAGUUAAAUUCUAAGAACACAGGGCAUCAAAGUGCACGUAGAGCUCUUUUAUCUGUGCUUGUUAGUAGGGUUUAUGUCCUUGUCGCUGGGCUGUCUUUUUGUAAGUUAAUUUGUGGAUCUGCUAUUAAGGGAACAGUAAUAUAAUUUUGGUGUAAACUGAAACUGGAUCAAUACAGUGACUCUUUUAUAGUAACUCUUUUAAAGGGGGAAGUACAGCACCCUGGGGCAUCUCUGCCUCUUUUCUGUGACUUGAGAACUGUAGAUUAAUAGAAAUAGUGUCUUCUGGUGUUGGGAAUUUGAGGUGUAUGAGUGCAAGCCUGAAAACUCAUAAAUGAACUUGAUGGCUGGAUCCUUCUGAUGUAAUUCCAUAGAAUUUAGUAGUAAAUGGAUUUAAUUGCAAAUGUGACUAUUGCCUGGGUUUUGUUCAAAAAUAUGGUGCCAUUCACACACUUGAAAGAGAGAGAGAGAGAGAGGAACUUAGGUGAGAGACUGAAACUUUAUUUCAGGCUAUCAUUAAUAUGAAACAUCAGUCAAAAGUAUAUAGUUGUUUCUGACUUUAGUAUUUUAAGUACUAAAUAGCAUCACUAUUGCUACCUUAAAAGACUCAGGCUCCUGGGUAUAGGGUUAUUUCUAGAGAGUUUGUAAUUUUCAGUGUCAGCGUUGUCAAUAGGAGUACACUGUGAGUAGAAGCUUGUUGUAUAGAGCUUUACUGUGGAGGUAGUGGUUUUUAAUUAAAAAACAAGCAAAAACCUAAAGCAAAAAAACAAAACCAAAACAAAACAAACCCUAAAUUUCAGAUGGGUUCCUGUGAAGUACAGUUUUGUCUUAGCUUUAAUACUGCAAAACCCAAGAAACCAUGAUGUAAAAAAUUUGAAUUCUGAUAUGAAAGAAAAAAGAUGGCUCGAGUUUAGAUGCAAAGCUUCUAGUCCAAGUGUAUCUAUUCCCUCACUUGAUUAAUCUAGCUCAAGAUACUUGUUUGAGGAAUUACAACAUUCUAUGGAAUCUUGUUUCCAAAUAUUUCUGUUUCUGGAAUAGACUUUUUUCUGUCUGUAUGAAUAUGCAACUCACUACUUUAUUAAGCUUUAAAACCUCUUGAAUGUGUGUUUUAAUGUUGAAAAAAAUUAGCUCCGAUAAUCUAUGCAAAGUGCUCAGCCACUUCCAUUCCUGAAGGCUGAGCUGUGUUCAUGUUUAUGUAUUGUUAGAGAGUUGUUGUCUUUAUCUGUUUUCAUGUGACUUGCAUCUGUUAAAAUCUGAAAAAGACAUUUUGUGUGGUUUAAAGACAGUCAAAUCAAACUUAAGUUACUUCAAAUUUUUCUCUCUCACCUAUGAAGAUUUUUUAAUCCACUUUUGACACAUCUCUUAGAUUAUUUUGUCUCUUAAUGGAAGAAAACGUUGAAAAAAAAGACGAGUACAGUAAUUCCAAAGUAAUUAAUUUUAAUUAAGGCCCCAAAUUACCUCCUGUGAUAGAUGUACUUUUUGUUCACACGUAUUAAAGUUAUUUCGGUAACUGAAAA